ACGAGCCGAGGACGCUACCUCAUUUAAGGUGGUUUGGAAACGCGUCAUUCCAGGUGGUUCUAAUUGCUGAUACUAUGGCCCUAAAAAUUGUAUCUCGGUACAGAAAUAAAUUUUAUACUCAGGUGUAAUAUAUCAAUGUAUAUUCAAACUUCACAAAAUUACAUUAUCAUUUAGGUGUGUCGAACGUGAAGCAAACAUUCACCAAUUGAUUCAUACAUCCGUGACUCUUACACAAGGGUUGUUCCAGAGGACGAUGGCCCCCAUUGUUGUGUCUAAAAGAUUUUGCCUUGAAAAUUGAUUGUCCACGCACGUUAAACUUGUUAUUAUAGUUCUGAAUUAUCUGUGAACAAUUUUCUGUUGUUUCAGAAGUGGCAGUGGAGUCGAUCAUUUAUCAUUUACAUAUUCAAAACAAUCCUAUAUUUCCCUCGCAUCCCAGAAGAUAAAUACGGAAAUGAUGUCCCUGGUUGUAACCGGUUGAUUUAUCAAUGAUCACAUGAAUUGCGGUCGUUAAGCACCCCUAACUGUAAUUUCGAGGAGGGUUUCAGGUGCUGCUAGUUCAAAAUACUGGUUGGCGGGUCCAGUGAGUGAGCGAGUGAGCGUAUGCUCGUGGGAUCUUGCUUGCUACGGAAGCUAACGAUGGGGACAUCUACUGACUUCGAGUCUGCGUUCCCAACUGCAUCGCGGCAUCCACUGAUCGUAUAUGUACAUUUUAUACGUUCAUGGUCCGUAAGUAUAGGAGCAGCAGUGAUUAGCGGGGCUAUAGGGUUUGAAAUUUCACAUACCCACGUGGAAAUUAGGGUUUGUUUGAAAACAUCCGAGGAAAAACUACAACAAACUCGUCAUGGACACUCCAGUACUUUCAGAAAAGCAACAAAAAAAGGCAUUAUCUGGAAAGAAGGCCCCGAUUAAAGGAUUGAGAAACCUCUUGGCUCAACCAUACGAAUUUCAUUGGCCAAAUGUAGACAAUGAGAAAAGCAACGAGUUGAAACUCUUAUUGGAAUUAUUAAUGCCAGCUAUCAAACGAUCGCCAGUUGGUAUUCCAUGGGCACAUCUAAACAGGUUGAAAAAGACGGAAAGACAAGCAGCCCGUAUGGAAGCACGGUCCAAGCUAGGCAAUGUAUCACCUGAUACAAACAUCUUAAAAAGUAUUGUCAUGGGUGUGAAUGAAGUAACACGAUUAUUGGAAAACGAUGAUGCUUCGUGUAUAUUAUUAGAGGCCAAGGUAGAGCCUAUGUUCCUUAUAAAGCAUAUCGUGAGCAUGGCAGAGUCCAAAAAUGUACCAGCUCUGCUCAUACCCUUUCUCAAAACUACAACGCUUAAAACAAUUGGCUUUGCCUCUGCUGCCAUUGCUCUGAAGAAGGUAGUAGCUGAAUCAGAGGGGCAUCACUUUCAUAAAUUGUACAAAAAAAUAGUUGUUUUGGCAAACAACAUUCCUAAAAAUAAUCCUAUAAAACUGGAUUUUGAAGAACAAAGUGUAACUCUGGAAGAAACUACAAUGAUAACUAACGAUAAUAAUGAACAAACGGUAGCAACUAAAGGUUCAUUCGUACUGUCCGAGGAUGUGUACAAGUACAGAACUUCGCGUAAAGAAAGGGCUUUUGUGCCUAAUCUUGGAGUAGAAUAUGAAGUAGAUAUUCAGAAGUUGGAUGGUGAUUUUAUUAAGAUAGAUGAUGAGUUAGGAUCUGCAGUUGCCAGUGAAAGGAAAUCGAGGUACGUCGAUAUUCAUCGGAAAACUGGUAGCAAUUAUUCAAAAAUAAAAAGCAAUACUGCGCGAUUAGCUAGAAAUGCAUCUCUGAUUAAAAAUCCAGAGUCUUCCAAAUCACCUAGUGAUCAGGUAUGCCCUAUGGAGACAGAAUGUUCAAGCAAACUGCAAUCUGAAGUCCUCGAUGUUGAUGAAAAAACUUUGUCAGAUUCUAUCGUUCCAAAAUCAAAUGCUUCAAUUAAGAAACGCAAUAAGCAAUUCAAAUAUCAAUCUCUCAAGAUAAAACGAAUUCAGGGUAACCCCAAACGGAUUAAAGCAACAAAAAUUUCUAAGACUAAAAAAAGAUGAAAUAUUUUUCGAAGUCCAGUACAUUUACUUUUCACUGUGUCUAUCAGAUACAAUGAAGUUAAGUUUUAUGAGAUAUGAACCAGCAAAUAUCUGAAUUUGCAAUCACCAUAGUCAAUUGCAAAUAAAAACAAUCGUUCAUUUUGGUUGGUAAAUGAUAUAUUAAGAUCAGACAAUACAAUAAUAAAUGUGAGUUACCUGAAUAUGACUUAAAAAUUUUCUUAUCACUGACUAGAUCCUACCAAUUUUUAUUGAUACACUUACGAGUCUGUUUUGAAAAAUUGAAAAAAAGUUUACACAACAAUCUUAUAAAUAACAUUACAUUCAACGGAAUAGUAUCUUUGGCACUUAUUUAUGGCUUUCAUAAGUUUAAGAAGAACCAGUCGGGCAAUUUUUACUUGUUUUGAGUGUAUGACCAGAUUGAUAUGGAACAGUUGUAUCAAUUGGUGACAUUGAUACGCAUUGGAAUUCCUUAUGAUCGUUGAUCAAAAAUUUUAUGGUUUGCUCAGGAAAAUACGGCUAUAUUGUUUUUUUUUUUUUUUUUCAAUUUCAUA